AUGAGAGAGGAGGGGACGCGACGAGAGAGGAGGGGACGCGACGAGAGAGGAGGGGACGCGACGAGAGAGGGACAGGAGGAGAGCAUCCUCGUCCCUUCCCAGCAUCCCCCUUUCCCUUCCCAGCAUCCCCCUUUCCCUUUCCCGCAUCCCCCUUUCCCUUUCCCGCAUCCCCCUUUCCCUUUCCCGCAUCCCCCUUUCCCUUUCCCUCAUCCCCCUUUCCCGUUCCCUCAUCUCAUACACACCCUCGGUUUCCUUCCAUGCCUCACCUCAGUUUCCUCUCAUGCCUCACCUCAGUUUCCUCUCAUGCCUCACCUCAGUUUCCUCUCAUGCCUCACCUCAGUUUCCUCUCAUGCCUCACCUCAGUUUCCUCUCAUGCCUCACCUCAGUUUCCUCUCAUGCCUCACCUCAGUUUCCUCUCAUGCCUCACCUCAGUUUCCUCUCAUGCCUCACCUCAGUUUCCUCUCAUGCCUCACCUCAGUUUCCUCUCAUGCCUCACCUCAGUUUCCUCCCAUGCCUCACCUCAGUUUCCUCUCAUGCCUCACCUCAGUUUCCUCUCAUGCCUCACCUCAGUUUCCUCUCAUGCCUCACCUCAGUUUCCUCCCAUGCCUCACCUCAGUUUCCUCUCAUGCCUCACCUCAGUUUCCUCCCAUGCCUCACCUCAGUUUCCCCACUUGUCUCCCCUCUGCUUCCCCACUUCCCGCCCACCUGUUGAUGUGCUUGUUUCAGCAUGGCGCCACAAAGAACCAGUUCAUCCUUAGUUUUCAUACCUGCAGCGGCCUUGCGAAUGUGGUAGGUGGAGGUAGUGUGCAGCAGGAAGACCGAGUGGUGCCACUCUCCACGAUAUCUCCACCGUUUGAUUCCCCCCGCGCGGUACAUCUGCUCGCCCUCCCGCUCAUUGUUCACCAGCGCCACCCCACACACGCGCACACCGCAGACCUCGAUUCACCGCAUGAGGUCGGCGGGGCUACAGGAGGAGCUGCUGCGAUAUGGCGAAGCCACCUCGUCGCGUAG